AUGGCCGAGAUCAUGACGCGCGUGGACAAGGUCCAGCUCGAGGGCCUUGCGCUGCUCCAGAUCAUCAAGCACUGCCACGAGAACCUUCCCCGUUCCGUUGCCGGCUCGCUCCUCGGCCUUGAGGCCGACGCCACGCUCGAGGUGACCAACAGCUUCCCGUCGCCGGUCGUGGCGGCCGCGCCCGGCGCGUCGCCGGCGUCGCCGACAAACAAGGACAAGACCGUCAUGUUCGCUUCCGAGUCGGAUGAGUACCAGAUCGACAUGAUGAAGAACCUCCGCGAGGUCAACAUGGACAACAACAAGGUGGGCUGGUACCAGUCGGCCAUGAACUCGACGUACGCGACGACGGCGACGAUCGAGUACCAGUUCCAGUACCAGAAGAACCUCGGCCAGAACGCCAUCUGCAUCGUGUACGACCCGCUGGAGACGAUGAAGGGCGCGCUCUCGCUCAAGGCGUUCCGCCUCACCGACGCGUUCCUCGAGACUUACAAGGCCAAGGCGUUUACGAAGGAAGGCUUUGCCAAGGCCGACAUCCGCGCCGCGACGAUGCUCGAGGAGAUUCCGAUUGAGCUCCACAACUCGGACAUUGUGACGUGCUACCUCCUCGAACUGCAGGCGCAAAAGCUCGCCGACUGCGAGUUCGACCGCCUCGACCUCGCGACCAACACGUACUUGGAGAACAGCCUCCAGAACCUCAGUGCGUGGGCUGACGAGCUGGCGCAAGAACACUACAAAUUCCAGGGCUACGAGCGUGCGGUCGCCAAGCAGCGGGCACAGUACAGCCAGUGGGUGCGCCGCGAGAACGGCGACGAGCUCCUCGCCGAGGAGGACCCGUCGUUCGCCAAGUCCCUCAACCAGCCGAGCCGCUUGGAGUCGCUCCUCAUCACCAAGCAAAUGAACACGUACUGCGACAACAUCAACCGCUACGCUGGCAAGAGCUUCAAUAAGUUAUUUCUCGCUGGCACGCUCCACAAGAACGAAUAG